AUGCCUAGUGAUAUCAAGAUUUGCUCUUUGUAUUUAAGCAUAUUUCCUAAAGGCCGCAAACUUAGUAGGAAACGGCUGAUCAGAAGAUGGAUAGCGGAAGGUUUUGUUAGGGAGAAGCAAGGUUUGAGCGUUGAGGAUGUUGCAGAGACAUGCUUUAAUCAGCUGAUUGAAAGGAAGAUAAUGCGGCCUGUAGAGCACAGCAGCAAUGGGAGGGUGAAAAGUUGCCAGGUCCAUGACAUGGUACUUGAAUACAUCAUUUCCAAGGCAGCCGAAGAGGAUUUCAUCACUGUAGUUGGUAGCCACUGGUCCAUGCCAACACGUAGCAACAAAGUUCGUAGGCUUUCCCUCCACAACAGUGACCCCAGGCGUACAAAGAGCGUCGAUAGGAUGAACAUGUCCCAUGUUCGGUCCCUGACUGUGUUCGGGAGCAUGGACAAACUGCAGUUCAAAUCACUCAAAACUGAACUGGUCCAAGUACUAGAUCUCGAAGGCUGCACAGGUUUGAGGGAGAGCCAUGUCAAGGUCUCAGACAUAUGCCAAAUGAUUCAACUCAAGUAUCUAAGCCUGCGGAGAACAGAUAUUAAAGAACUUCCCCCAAAAGUUUCCAAGCUCAGGAACUUAGAGACUCUAGAUGUAAGGGAGACAGGGAUUGAGAUAGUGGAGGGAUCAACAACAACUGCAUCAGACAUCGGUUACUUUACUGGGCUGAGGAAGUUAGCAAUUUACAUGAUCCACAAGAGUGAUGAGAUAUUUAGAGAUUUUCUCUCCUCUAUCCAGUACCUCAGUGGUUAUUCUCUCCAAACUCUUGUAAUCGAUGACAAGUCAUCUGAAUUUUUAAAAACCCUGGACUCAAUGUCAUCCUAUCCAACAGAUCUGAGAGCUCUUGAGCUGUCUGGCAAGUUGCUUAAACUGCCAAAGUGGCUCAAUGGUCUCCAGGAGCUCGUCAAGUUAACUCUUUCAGGGACAGCUCUCCGGACAGAUAACUUACUUCUCCUUAGAAAUCUAAGUUCACUGUUUUCCCUCACCUUUUCGAUCAGCAAGAACCAUGAUCCUGAAAUAGCAGCCAUUCUCGAGAAAAACAAGUCUGGUUCAGGAGGGGAGAUCUUUGUCCCAGCUGGAGGAUUCAGAAAGCUCAAACUGCUUCGCAUAUUUGUUCCUCUUCUUCCAUCGCUCAACUUUGCAAAGAAUGCUACACCACAGCUAGAAAAGCUUGAACUGCGUUUCAAAAUGUUGGAAGGUCUUCAUGGCCUGGAUGAACUUGGAAUGCUCCAUGAUGUGCUCUUAACAGUUGAUACCCAAGCAAAUGAGAUGACAAAAUUGAGAGUUGAUUAUUUGAAAAAGGAGAAAACCCCAUCAUCGAAGUACACCCUCAAUGUGAACAAGUAUCAUGAUUGA